ACUUGCCCUUCCCCUUUCCCCGUAAAGUUGUUGUACCCGCUGAUGUCCCUACCUGUCCUUCACGUGCGCAACGAAGUGCCGCUUGGUCCGACUGGAACCUGCAGACAGGGACAAUGACGGGACAUCACUGGGGAUACGGGAAGGAGGACGGUCCUUCUUCAUGGUAUAAAAACUACCCCGUUGCAGAGGGGAACCGGCAAUCACCAAUUGAUAUUGUCCCCAAUGAGGCUUCACGUGACCGCAAUCUGGGCCCUUUAAUGAUAAACUACGACCACUGCACCUCCAUUAACAUCUCCAACAAUGGACACUCCGUAGUUGUGGAGUUCAAUGACUCCGAUGAUCGUUCAGUGAUCAAGGGAGGCCCACUCGAUAACCCCUACAGACUGAAACAAUUUCAUUUCCACUGGGGUGGAAAAGGACACGAAGGCUCUGAGCACACUGUUUCAGGAAAAGGCUUUGCAUCUGAGCUUCAUUUAGUUCACUGGAAUGCUGUCAAGUACAAAACAUAUGGAGAGGCAUCAACUGCACCCGAUGGUCUUGCCGUUCUUGGCAUCUUUUUAGAAACAGGUGAUGACCACAGAUGGCUCCACAUGAUAACGGAUGUUCUGUACACGGUGAAGUAUAAAGGCAGUAUCACAGAUUUCAAAGGUUUCAACCCCAAGUGCCUGCUUCCCAGCAGUCUUCACUUCUGGACCUACCUCGGCUCUCUAACCACACCUCCGCUGCACGAGAGCGUUAUCUGGAUCGUCCUGAAGGAGCCAAUCGAAGUGUCUGAAAAGCAGCUGGGGAUGCUCAGAAUGCUUCUGUUCACCGAAGAGGAAGACAAUCAGAAGAUGCGGAUGGAAAACAACUUCAGGCCUCCCCAGCCUCUAAAAGGGAGGAGAGUGCGUUCCUCCAAUUAAUGUGACCUCCGGAGAUCUGAAGUCAUAAAUAACCAACACUGUUUUUAGACAACCGUAAAUGCAAUAACGCGAGAAUACUUUCACCUGAUAGCUUAUCCCGAGGGGUUUGUGAUUGUACUUAGAACAGAAGUAAAAAGCUUCAACAGUUGUCAUCCCUGGUGGUGUAGCCAAACAAGGCGCCAUUUAAAAUCUCUGUAGCUUUCUGUGAUGAUCAGAUAAUUAUUAAUUCUGUCGGCAGCAUCACACGAUGGUUUACUAUUGUGGAGGAUGUAUUAUUAUUACACCUGUGAACCAGCAACGGGGAAAAAAAGGAAAAGCAUGCAUAGUCCCGUAUAUUUGUGAGAGUUCUCACCUAAAAGCUGUGUUCAUGUUCACCAUCUGAGUUGCUGUAACUGUUGCGUAACUGUAACCUUUUACUUGGUAUCCAGAAUUAGGUGGAGUAAUUCAAGCAAAUGUUUAAACUCUAUCAUUGAUUAGACGAGGCAAGAGUUCAAGGUAAUUAGUAGCUAGGUUGUAGACCAGUGAGAAAUCUGGGCUGUGAUUGGUUAAAUAUUUACCACCUGUGUUGAAGAUGUCUAAAAAUACACUGCUUUGAACAACUGAAAAUACAAAAUGUUAAAUACUAUAAUGUUAAAAUGUUAAGAAUCAAUGAAUUUGCAAAUAUUUUGUAAGGAGAAGGACUUGAUGUCAGAAAACUGUAAUAUAUGUUUCUGUAUGUAU